CAUUGGACUCACUCCCAUUGCAUUGCUUCCUUCCACCCAAACCCACAACGUUUUCUUCUGCUCUGCAACAAAUAAACACUUGUUUACUCAACUCAACUCCUUCUUCUCCAAUUUCGAGAUUCCUCUUCUUUUCCGGGUCUGAACAGCCACAAGCGCACAUUGCUUAGCCAUCAUUCAAGACAUUCAUGGAAGCAGUUAGUGAAACUAGACCUAUUUCCUUCUGAUUUAUCAGAAACAGGUUCACAUGGUUUCUUCAGAAAAAAGUGAAGAUCAAAAUACCCCUUAUGAUAAAUUGCAGCAUAGAGCGAGUCCUGAUAGUGAUGUUACAUUGUCUCAAGGUCAUGAUACUAAAAAUGAUCUGUCCAAACCAGAGGGAGCCACAAGUAUUCCUUCUGCUGUAGCUAAAAAUGAAGAAGGGAAGGACUCCGAUGCUACUGCUUGUGCCCUGGAAUCAGAUCAAGAAGGAAGCACAUGCUCAUUACCACCUGAGAAACAUUUGCAGAGCCCUGAUACUCUUUUGAAUGAAUUGCCUCCAUUGCAAUCCAGUCAGGAAAGUCCCUCAAUAAUACGUGAAAAGGUAUCUAAAGAUGGCUAUAACUGGCGAAAAUAUGGUCAGAAACAUGUCAAGGGGAAUGAAUUUAUAAGGAGCUAUUACAAGUGUACAUAUCCAAACUGCCAGGCAAAAAAGCAAUUGCAGCAGUCUAAUAAUGGGAACAUCACAGAUUGUGUUUCUAUCGGACAGCAUAAUCAUCCUAGGCCCCAAUUGAACUCCACAGUAUCAGUUGAGUGUGUUUUGCCGGUUGUUGAACAAGCAGCACGCAAACCCUUGUUAGCCAAUGUGAAAGACAAAACAUCCGUUGAGCAAGGAUGCACGUCUCUACAGAUCAAGCCUUUACAGUCCUUUCCGACUGCAAAAGUGUCCCCAGUUAAUGAGUUGAAAGCUGCACAUUUACAAUUGUCUAAGGCAAAGAAUCAGAUUCAUGACAACGAGGAUCCUGAGUCAAAGCGACUGAAGAAAGACAAUAGUAAUGUUGAUGCCACUGGAAUUACCAUGUCAACUCGUGAACCUCGUGUUGUUGUUCAGACUUCAAGUGAGGUUGAUUUGGUAAAUGAUGGGUAUCGCUGGCGCAAAUAUGGGCAGAAGCUAGUUAAAGGGAAUGCAAACCCAAGAAGUUACUAUCGAUGCUCAAAUCCUGGAUGCCCUGUCAAAAAGCAUGUGGAAAGGGCCUCUCAUGAUUCAAAAAUUGUAAUAACUACCUAUGAGGGACAACAUGAUCAUGAACUCCCCCCUGGAAGGACUGUCACUCAUAAUGCAGCUACAAAUACUCACACAACGACCAUGAAUGGCAAGGCAGGAACCAAAUCUGAAGAUACUGCUGUUAAUAGAGGGGAACAAACUGGCUUGGGCUCAGCAAGCAAAUUAACAGAGCAACUAAAUGGAAAGUCAACUACUAAGUCAAAGGUCGGUGAUAUUGUGGAGUUUGGCGUGAGCAGUCUUUCUAAUGAGGGUCCUAAAAUUAAAUUAAGUGAGCAACAUCAAAAAGAUAACUCAGGUACUAAAGACGAUUCUGUCAGCAAUGAUGUUAUAUGCCAUUCUAGUUCUGGAGUUCCGUGUAGAUCCAAUGAACAGCUGAAAGGUGAGGUAAAACCUUUAUCAGAAGGAACUAAGGAUUGCCUUAACAAGGUUGCCAUUCAAGAUACCCCCAGUACAGAAAGCGAAUUUAAUAAGCAACCAGCAGCUGAUGCAGAACCGGUCCAAAGCUAAAUUUGCAAUAUUUUUGAAGCUGCAGAUGGUUACAGAAGAGUAUAAAUAUUUGACUAUGACAUAGGCUUGACAGAUAUAUUGUGGGAUUAUAAUUCCUAUCUCUACUCUAACCUUCACUUUACUCUUCUUCUAGCUCUCUCAUUGUCUUUGGGCAGUUUGACUAAAUAUGCAAAUUACAAUUAAUACUACAUUGGAUAUCAAACUUGUAUACCAUUAUUGUUAGAGUUAAAUAAGAUUUACAUUUUCGUACACAUGUAUCUAAAAUUCUAAUAUAUUGUUGAGCAUACUCAGUCAUUCA